AUGCUUACAUUCUACUUUUUACUUAUAAAUGUACAAUCUUUUGUCGCGAAUGCCUUUAUUCCUCAUCCAGCAAUUCGACUUGGUGGUCAAGCUGGAAACAGUAUUACUCAUACAGAACUAGUUCAACUUGGAUUUAUUCGAAGUCUUACUCGUUUUUUUCUUGAUGCUCAAAUUCAAAGUAAAAGUAGUAUUGAUGUGGAAAAUUUUAAAGCUGAACAUACAAUUGACGAGCUCCAUCAACUAGCUCAUCCUGAUUGGACAAAUGAUCAAGUAAAAUUAUAUUCCUAUCCAUUGAAAAGUAUUAUUGAUAAGAUUCAAGUAAGAGAUGCUUUGGUCGAUUUGAAUCCAUCAACAAAGAAUUUACCAUCAGCUCAUUUUGAUAGUGAAUCAUUCAAAGAAAGCAAUGAUCGAAUAAUUCAAUUACGAAAUAAAAUUCUUGAAGAUGUAAAUGAUCCAAAUAAAGAUUUAGAUAAAGCACGUGGACGAAUAGGAGAUUUACUUCAUACACUUCAAGAUUUUUAUUCUCAUUCGAACUGGAUUGAAAUGGGUAAAACAAAGAUAAAUGAUCGAAUUGGUAUUCAUGAAGAUAUUGGUCAAGUAGCUGGAAUAAAUCAGGCUACAUGCACCAAUACCGGAUGUACAAAGAUUCAAACAAAAUGUAAUCUAAUGCAAAAAAUUGUUCUAAAAACUUGUCCAAUGGAGUAUUACGAUUGUAAAAACAACAUCUUAAAUGAUAUCAAUAAUCAAGGUUUACUUACUAGUAGUUAUAUGUCAAAUCAAUUUAAUACAAAUAAUGAACCAAUAAUAAAACCAACAAAUGUAGAAAAAUGUUCACAUGGCUCUGUGAUGGAUACAACAUCUCAUCAGGUAGCUAUUGGUAGUAUCAAUAAAGAUACAAUGACACCAUUAUAUUCUCCACAUUAUCAUCUUCAUUUUGAUGCAGCUAAACUAGCAAUCGAUGCUACAGAACAAUUUUUCAACGAUUUACGUAAAGAUUUAGGUGAUCGGAAAUUUGAUCGUCUCUUUGCUAUCAAUCCAACGGAGGCACAGAUUCAAGUAGCAAAGAUUGCUAUAGCAAAUCGACAACAAUUUCAAUUUCUUACAUCAACACUUUCGAUUGGUUUAAGUACCAGUGAUCUUAAUUUUGAAAAAACAAUCAAACAACGUAUUCAAGAAAUUCUUUCAAUACUUUUUGAUCUCAAAGAUUCUAAUGUACCAACAUAUGAUCUCAGUGAGAAUGGAGUCGAAAAAACGGAUACGAAUAUACAUUCAGGAUCGUUAUUAAUUGAUGGUCUUAAAACUUUAAAAAAAAGACGAUUUAAUGGACAUAAAUUUCGAUCAUAUACAAAUUAA